AUGUCACACAAUCAACUUGAGGGGAAAAUAGCAACAUCAUUGGGAAAACUAUGCAAGUUGAAGAGAAUUGAUUUAUCAUAUAACAAAUUUGGUGGAGAGGUAGCUGAAGAUUUCAAAAUUUUCUCCCAAUGCAUGUUAGAUGGAUUGGAAUCAUUGUCAUUAGAGAACAAUUAUCAUGGUGGUCAAUUUCCAAAUGAGCUUGACCAGUUCAAAAAUCUGUCCUUCCUUUCUCUUCAAAACAACUUCAUUUUUGGUCCCAUUCCGAAGUCGAUUAAGAGAUUAUCAUCCUUGACAUGGUUAGAUGUUUCCUAUAAUCAUUUGAAUGGACUUCUUCCUGAAAGUCUCGGGCAACUUGCAAAGUUAGAAACUUUAGAUCUUUCAUAUAAUCAUUUGAAUGGAACUCUUCCUGAAAGUCUUGGGAAACUUGUGAGAAUUAUUUAUGGGAAUGGAAGAGGAAAGCCUGAUUCAUCCCGCCGCGCCAUGCAUUGUCUGAUGUGCUACAUAACGAGUGACAUCAGUAGCACCACCAAUUGA